AUGGACCCCAUCUCCCUCCUCUCUCUCUACGACGACGUCCUUCUCGCGAUAUUCUCCUUCCUCGACCGCGACGAUGCGCUCGCGAUGUCUUCCACCUCCAGACACGCCUACUCCCUUGCCAUAUCCCGCAUCUUCGUCAACGUGUGCUGGGACAGAGACCUCGAAGUAGACGACAAGGACGCCUCCGAAGCACGUGCACUAUCGCGAUAUAUGUGCGCACCAGAGCCGUUUUCCCAAGUCCCCCGCGUCCGGCACCUCCGCCAUUUCACCCUCCACCACUUUUGCGAUGUCGAUGUUCCUCCUUUGCGCGAAAUUCUCAGCCAAGCCUUCAACCUCCGCACUAUCGAGAUCCACAGCUUCGAGUUCUUCGUACACCAAGACAGACUUCUCGUAGACGCUAUCGGCGCCAUGCACAACCUCGAGCAAGCACGCCUGAUAGAUGUCGGUCCUGAGACGGUAGCUGCUCUGCCGGAGAUCCUCUCGAGUCGGCGCCUGACCUUAUUGACGCUUGAAUUCGACGAGAUGUACUUUGAGUCCGGAGACAUCGACCUCGCGGCCCUCGUGUCCGGACUCUCCUCCAUGCAGAGCCUACACACCCUCGCCCUCGUCUCGUACAUCGUGCCAACGGAUCCCCUAAUCCCAUCCAAACCGUCCUUCCCUCCAUUCGCCACCUCUCCUUCCGCUGUCUUGCUCAGAUCCCCUCUGCUGAAUGCGAAGGGAGAGCGGCCCGUAACACUUUCCAUGGCAGAUGAAGACCGAUGGCCUACCGGACUCAAGCGGCUCGACGUCCCCUCCCCCACCUUCAUCCCAUGGACUACUGCCGGGCGCAUCGGGCGCGUCGGCACGUUGGCAUACGGGGCGAGCACGCCGAUAUCCAGCCCAGCCGGCUUCUACGACUCCAUCCAGCUUCUUUCGGCCAUCCGGCCCACCGCCCUAGAGCUCCACACGACACCACGAUGGUGGACCCGGGUCGUGUCUGGAACAUGCUGUGGCGUGCCGCGCCCGUGCUGCGCUCGCUCGAGAUCGUCGUCGCGCCGGGCGAGUGCGACUGCGCCAAUAUACGGUCCGUCACGUCCUCGCCGCGCCUCCCUCCCCGCUCUUUUCCCGACCACUGACCCCCCGCGCCGCACCCAGGAGCCGCUCCUCGCCGCGCUGCGAUCCAAAUCGUUCGCGCUCGUCCACUUGUCCCUGCACUUCCCGCCGAUCCCACUAUACUACCACGCGUCGGGCGUGGCGGAAGUGGACGGUUGGCGCGCGACCGAAUCCCGCCGCGUCGAAGUGCUCCGCCCGCUCCCUCUGCGGAUCGUCGAGGCCGUCCCGACGCUCCGCGUCCUCGCGCUCUCCUCUUGCCUCCCCGGAUCCACC